CAUUGGCUGACUGACAGGGCCGGGAGUCCCGAUUGGUCCAUGGCCUGAGGCGACAGAUUCCGGAAAGGGGUAGAGCAGCCAAUAUGGCGGCGGAGCGCGGCGCUGGGCAGCAACAGUCGCAGGAGAUGAUGGAGGUUGACAGGCGGGUUGAAUCUGAAGAAUCAGGUGAUGAGGAAGGGAAGAAGCACGGCGGUGGCAUCGUGACGGACCUCAGCCAGCAGAGCCUGAAGGAUGGAGUAGAACAGGGGGCGGAAGACCCAGAAGAGGAACAUGAGCUGACAGUGGAUAUGGAAACCAUCAGCCUGGACCGAGAUGCAGAGGAUGUUGAUCUGAAUCACUAUCGUAUUGGAAAGAUUGAAGGCUUCGAGGUGCUGAAGAAAGUGAAGUCACUCUGCCUACGUCAAAACUUAAUUAAAUGCAUUGAGAACCUGGAGGAACUGCAGAGUCUUCGAGAACUGGAUCUCUAUGAUAAUCAGAUCAAGAAGAUUGAGAAUCUGGAGGCGCUGACAGAACUGGAGACUCUAGAUAUUUCUUUUAAUCUGCUAAGGAACAUUGAAGGGAUUGACAAACUGACACAGCUGAAAAAACUCUUCUUGGUCAACAAUAAGAUCAGUAAAAUUGAGAACCUAAGUACCUUACAUCAACUACAGAUGCUGGAGCUGGGCUCGAACCGCAUCCGAGCAAUUGAAAAUAUCGACACGUUAACCAACCUGGAGAGUUUGUUUCUGGGGAAAAACAAAAUUACAAAACUUCAGAACCUGGAUGCACUUACCAACCUGACAGUCCUCAGUAUGCAGAGCAAUCGGCUAACAAAGAUUGAGGGUCUACAGAGCUUGGUGAACCUGCGUGAACUAUACCUCAGCCACAAUGGUAUCGAGGUUAUCGAGGGCCUGGAGAACAACAACAAACUCACCAUGUUGGACAUUGCAUCAAAUAGGAUAAAAAAGAUUGAAAAUAUCAGCCAUCUAACAGAACUGCAAGAAUUCUGGAUGAAUGACAAUCUCCUGGAAAGCUGGAGUGACCUUGAUGAGCUGAAGGGUGCCAGGAACCUGGAAACCGUGUACCUGGAGCGCAACCCCCUGCAGAAGGACCCACAGUACCGGCGGAAGGUCAUGCUGGCCCUACCCUCCGUGCGGCAGAUAGAUGCCACAUUCGUCAGGUUCUGAGUCCUCCUUGCUCCUCACCUGGUCCCUCUCCUCGAAAGAACUUCCCAGCCACGGUUUUUUAAUCUACCUAUUGCUCCUGAAGUCGUCACUAUACCAACAGUCACAACCCAAUGGCAAUAAUAAGGCACUGGUGGUAGUUGGCCUAUGAUGCCACACACCAUUUGGAGAUGCCAACACUAUUAAAUCUUGCCACGCGGUCUUCCUGGUGAAUUAGUGACGGUUAUUAUAGCCAUGGAGAGAAUGCAGGACAUGUUACAGUCAUUUGUUCUUCUUGUCUGUCUAUGUCCUUUGCCUGGUGGGCAUUUCGGGCUGCUACAGCAGGCCCUCAAGUUAGUUUGCAGGGUUUAAGCAGUCAUGACCCACAACAGCACAUUUGAUAGUCUUUCAGACCAAUUUUGGAAAGAAAAAAAAAAUGUAUUUAAAAAAAAUUGAGUAAAAUCUGGUCGGAUCUCAGAUGCUGUAGCCCUUUAAGCCUUCCCAUCAUGAGCACACUGGGCACUGUAUGACCCUGUUCCCACUUGGUGAGAGCCGAGAUAUGGAGAGCGUCAUCACACACCCCCAGCUGUGCUGAAACUAAGUGGUUCUUAAAAACAUAAGUAACUAAGCUCUCAGCCACUAGUCACAUGGCCUCCUAUUCUUACCCAUGAUCCUCUUGGCCUUAUUAUAUGACAUUUCUCUGAGCAAACCACUAGGGCAUGAAUCUAAUGCUGCACGGGCAUUAUCAUCCCUGGGAGCCUCAAAUCUCCUGUUUCACACAGUAAGGACUGAAUAUGGUCACCGCAGGCUCCUCAACUUCCAGGAUUCUCAUUCUACACAGUCUAAGAUGGGUCCCCUAACUGCCAUAUCUGAGUCCGUUGAAUUUAUUUUAUCAUCAUUUGUGCUCACACUGCGUCUCUUCGUUUCCGUCAUUACAGAAGGUUCUAGGCAGCACUGCUCUAGACUUUGUUCAGUUUCGGGACAGCCUGCCUUGUGCUGUGAAGCCUGUGCCCAAGUAUCCAAGCUAACCAGUUGGCCAGCUGACAAGGAGUUUGUAACAUCAGAAUGCUUACAUGGGAUUUAACAUCCAUUCACUAUUCUAAUUCUCACCAAAAUAAACUGUAUGAUCUGAA